GACCCGGUUGCCUGGCAGCCGCCGCCGCAUUGUGAGGCCGGGACCCAGCGGCUGCAGCGGCGGCUCCCCUGGGCAGAGCCAUCCCCCCCCCGGCCCCGCUCCCCUCCCCGGCCCCCGGCCCCAUGUCCGCCUACCACUGGGAGGCCCGGCGCAGGCAGCUGGUGCUGGAGCGCAGGCGGCGGACCCAGCUCCUCCAGCAGAAGGCGGAAGAAGCCGCCAAGAAGGCUCCGGAGCAGAGACCUGAAAUCAACCCCCCCCCGCCGCAGCCCCAGAAGCCCCCCCCGCCAGUCACCUGCUCCUGCCAGUGCUGCCCAUGCAAGUGUCAUUACGUGACGAUAAGCAGCGCAAAACUGCCACGUAGAUACUCAGCUGUGCAAUACAUACAACAAUGGUAAUGACCGAGUAACCAGCAACGCAGGAAUGACUCCCCGUCUAGUAACAUGCCUUUAAGCACCAAGGAGAUCAAGAUAAGUGCAGCUGAAUCCAACACCAUAACGAAGCCAUCAGCAUGAAGAACACAUAGGACCUGCCGGUCACUUCCCAUUAGGGGCUGUAACCCUUAAUGUGUAAUAAACUCUCCACACCCACAGAACAUUA